AUGAACUACACUUGUGUUAGUUGCGGUUUGGCAUUUAAUGAUGCUACUGGCCAAAGGGAUCAUAUGAAGUCCGAUUGGCAUAGAUACAACUUGAAAAGAAGAGUUGCUCAACUUCCAGCAAUUGAUGAGGCCACAUUCAACUCGAAAAUUGCUGUGCAUUCCAGUGCAGAAGAAGCAGGUAGCCAAAGCAGCACCAGAAAGCAACUUACCAAGAAAGACUUGAGACGCCAGCAGAAGGAGGCUUUGCAGAAACAAAAACAAGAGCUUCUCGCUGUGAGAAAAGCUAUUCAAUCUAAGUUGACUUUGGAGCAAGAAAACCUGUCUGAUUCGCCUACAGGUGACAGCAAGAGUAAAAUAGAUGUAUCUAGUACGGAUGAAGUUACUCACCAAGAUACUUCUAAGGAAGAUGAAAUCACAGAGGAAGACGUCAUUAAGGAAAAACUUGCAAACAGGGUUGAAAUCACUCCUACUACAUGUUUAUUCUGUCCUGAAAAAAGUUCGGUUGUCUUUGAAACAGUGGAUGAGAAUAUUAGUCAUAUGUUCAAGGACCAUGGGCUUUAUGUUCCUGAAACUAAAUAUUUGGUUGACAAAGAAGGUCUUUUAAGUUAUUUGGGAGAGAAAAUAGGACUCGGAAAUGUGUGCCUAGUGUGUUCUUACCAGGGUAAGAAUGUUGCAGCUGUUAGGGAGCACAUGAAGACUAAGCGCCAUAUGAAAAUACCUUACGAAACCGAAAAUGAGAAGUUAGAGAUUUCUGAUUUUUAUGACUUUUCCUCUACAUACCAGGAUCUUCCAUUGCCUCCUAAUUCGGAUGCGAAUGAUGAAGAUUGGGAAGAUGUGUCCGGGGACGAGGAAUCUGAAGAUGAGGCCCAAGAUGACAUACCGGUUGAUGAAAAUCCAAUAAUAAACAUGGGGGUGGAACUUGUGUUACCAUCUGGUGCUGUUGUGGGUCAUAGGUCAAUGGCGAAGUACUAUCGUCAAAAUCUCCCUCCUGAAAAAGUUCUCAGCGAAGGUCAAGGUACCGUUAUCGCUGCAGAGUCGAGGCAUUUUGUUUCUGCGAAAGACAAAAAGGAGUUAUCCCUUCAGAAAAGGGCAUGGGGAAGAGAGAAGAAGAGAGACGAUGUUAAUGAUAGAAGGGCGGCUAAGUUCAUUAACAAUCAACCACAUUUUAGGGAUCCACUUCUACAAUAG